GAAUUUGCUCAAGGUCAAAACGCUUAUCAGAUAUUGCUGUAAGAUCCUGUUUUGAGGAGUAAUUUUUGUGAGUUAAUAUUUCAAAACAGCCAGAAGAGUUACGAAAUACUCAUCCUACUAGUAUAUAUUGCACAAACAUUAUCUUAUAUCUUGAAUCUUUUGGAUUAUAUAAUUAUUGAAAAAAUCUGGCCCCGAUAUGCCGACUGUAAGUAGAGGGCUAUAUAAAUGGUUGCUAUGGAGAGGCGCUACCUUGGAAGACUUUGCAGACAGGCUAAAUCAUUUCUGGACUUUUGGCCUUCUUCUUCUAUUAGCUUGCAUUAUUAGCUGGAAGCAGGGCACCAGUUCGCCUAUAAAUUGUUGGGUACCAGCUCACUUUACACCUAGUUUUACAAGCUACACACAUCAACAUUGUUGGAACAGUUAUUUCAUCCAGUAUCCACGUGAUAUUGAAAAAGCUGAAAAGGAAAUUCUCGAGAUGGAGCUGAAUAUAUCCUUACCAGAUCUAUCCUUUGUGACAUAUGAACGGAAACCGAUACUUGUGAGCAAUGAAGGUAUUGAUGAAACUGACAAUCUUCUCAAAAUAAUGUCAACAACCAGGACACUAUAUCAAUGGGUACCAGUAAUUCUGUGCUUUCAGGCACUUCUCUUCAAACUGCCAAAUCUUCUCAUGUACAUUUUACACAGCCUCUCUGGAAUAAGCUUCGACAAGAUUGCUGGUCUAACAAGUGGAUAUGAAAACAUGAACUUAAAAGAACGUGAUGAUCUCUCUAAGAAAAUAGGCCGAUAUAUCUUCAACUGGUGUCGACAGUUUGAGAACUGGUUACCAUGGCGUUUUCUCACAUUACUGUGGCUCAUUGUAAAAUUCCUAUACUGUGUUAACAUCAUUGUACAGAUGUCUCUUAUUGAUGCCUUUCUAAGGACGACAGACUCACCCAUUGACAAUUCCACCUCGUACGGUGACGUCAUCACUGGUAAUCUCUUCCAAAACAACGCUACGGCAUGGAAAGAAUCGCCAGCCUUCCCUCGGCAAAUUCUGUGCGACUUCUCAAUCCGUCAGUUACUAAAUAUUCAUAGGUAUACAGUUCAAUGUGAUCUGCCCGUCAACUACUUUAACGAGUAUGUCUACAUGUUCAUCUGGGUGUGGUUUCUCUUUGUUGCCAUAGUAACCUGUCUCAGUCUCCUCCUGUGGUUAUGUAAGACUAUGGUGCCAAUGUUCCGUAAACGAUACAUUACAAACGCAAUGGGCCUAGCCGAUGACCUUGACAUUAGAACCUUUCAGCACUAUGACCUUAGUAAAUUCUGUAACCUUAUUGGAGAGGACGGGGUCAUGGCUCUGAAGUUAGCUGGGGCCAACUCAUCAGAACUUCUCGUCAGUGAUGUUGUCUACAACAUGUGGAAAUUACGCGCUAAAGACCCGCGUCCACAGCAAGCUGGACAAAUACUGUCUGUACCAGAAGUACGGGUCCAACAUCCAACCACAUCAGGAUCAGGGAAUGUAGCCUAUACUUUGGUGCAGGGGCAAGAAUCUGGCAUCGAAGCAAAAACAGUGGAUUAGACUGAUCAUAAUCCGAGCAAUUCGUGCAUGUUUUGGGCUGAAAAAUAAGAGAUUCAAAAUUUGUAAACAAUAAACUGAUAUAUGUUUUUUUUUGUAAAUUAACUUCAAAAGAAAAACUUUAUAAAGAGGAUGAUUCGAAAGGAGCAUAUAGUAUUGGAGACACUUAUGAUGUUGUAUACGAAAUUUGUUUUUACUUUAUUUCUACAAAUAUUUCAUGGACAACAAUUUUUUAACACACAUUGCAAAUAUGAUGCAAAUAAGAUUGUUUCAGCCUAUGUAUGACGCCAUUGAAUCCGAAACGAAAAACAGUUAGCAUGGAAAUUAUAAUUAAUGGACCAUUUCGAACAGGUAAGUCAAACGAAACCGAAACGGAAAUAUGCACGAAUUGAAAUCCUAGCUGAGUUAUCGUGUUCGCCGGAAGCGCUGAAAUGGUCAGUUUUUCCACAAGAUGGUUAAUUUACAUAUUUUCGUUCAAGAGAUUCGGAUCAAAAUUGUGUGCCCUAGCCUACUCUGAAACGGUAUACACUCAAUAUCUAUCAACUCCUUGAUAAUUAUUCUUUGUCUAUAGAUUAUUACUUUUGUUGUCGAGCCCGCUUGCAGAAGCGGAGACAUUGUUGUCCAAAUGGCUGUUCGGUGUAUGUGCGUGCGUGCGAGCGUCUGUCAUGAUUUAUUUGUCGGACCAUAAGUUGUAUGGAGGAAUCUUGUUUAUAUUUGGCAUGAAUGUUAACCUCAAUGAGACGGAGUGUCGUGCGCAAACCCCAGGUUCCUAUCUCAAAGGUCAAGGUCACAGUUGUUGGUCAAAGGUCAUAUCAGAUCUUGUCAAGCCCAUAGCAUUGACAUACAUGGAGGAAUCUUGUUUAUAUUUGGCAUAAAUAUUUAACUCAAAGAGAUGGAGUGUCAUGUGCAAACCGCAGGUUCCUAUAUCAAAGGUCAAUGUCACAGUUAGGUUUCAAAUGUCAUUUUAGAGCUUGUACAGGCCAUCACUUUGAUAAGUUUGGAGCCAUCUUUUUUUCUUUGGCGUAAAAUGUCCACCUCUAUGAGAAGGAGUAACCUGCGCAAAGCUCGGGUCCCUAUCUCAAUGGCCAAGGUCAUACUUGGGGGUCAAAAGUCUUUUUAGAGCUUGUCCGGUCUACAACUGUGCCAUGCAUAAAGAAAUCUUUUUUUUUAUUUGGCAUAAUUGUUUGCCUCAAUGAGACAGAGUGUCGCUUGCAACUCACAGACCGCUACCUCAAAGGUCAAGGUCAUAAUUAGAGGUCACAGGUGAAAACUUGGUGCUGUUAGUCCUUUUGACACCAGGCGGGCUCGACAUGUUGCAUCUAGUUUUUUUACUUUACAAAUGAAACUUUUAAGCAUGCAAAAUUAAAGUUUAUAUGGAGAUGGCAUAAACAUCACUAUCAGAAGUUGCUACAAAAUUUGCAAUUCCUGCCUAAGUAUUGCUCUAAACCUAAAAUUUACUGUCAUUGGAAGUAGGGGAAGGGAGAGGAUGGGGCGGCAGGGGUUUUCUUACAUUCUAGAGAGUGUAUGAGACUUUCUGAACAUAUAUGUAUUCUUGGAUCCGAUAUUUUCUCUGCUAUUUUCUUGAGAGCACAAUAACAACAGUAAAGUCAAUUUAAUUCUAACUGCAAUGAACUUAUUUACUUUGUUAUGCUAUGUUGCAAAAUAUAUGAUCAUUUAAUUGUGACCCGUGGAACACCUAUCGUGUAAUCGUGAAAACAACAUGAAAAUGAUGUAAGACUUGGUUCACGACUCUCUUAGUUCUUAUCACAUACAAUAAGCAUAGGUCUAGUUCCAUUAUUUCGCCGUCAGCUGUAAGCAUUGUAAUAAAUAUCUUGGACUGAGAUCAGUUAUUCUUUUCUUCUGCCAUUUAUCAUUUUUAUAUAUACUAAAGUAAAAUAAUAAAGAUGUACAUUUUA